CCACAAUCAACGGUAACGGGUGGUUGGCUUGCUGACUGCUUCAGGGGGUAGCGUCUCUGCCGUACGUGAGCUCCAGGUCUGGCCCGGACGGUAACACCUGGUUUAGUCCCUGGCCCAGGGCAUGGGCGAAGAUCAGUGGUAAAGCCAACAGCAGUGAGGACCUUAGUUUCCAACCGGCAGUAGAAGACAUGAAACAACACCUAAGGCACUUCACUGCCAUAGAAGUGGAUGGAAAUAAUAAACGUUAAGCUUGGGCCACUGCUUGAAACUGGGAUUGGUAUCAUCAAGGACAUACAGCUGGAAGAACACAUUGCUCAUAAUAAUGAAUCGCAAGCCUCUUCAGUCUCAGACCAGUGUUAGUGUGACCCCCACAAGUGAAACAUGACAGUACAGUAUCCUGUAGAUAUAACAAGUGGACAAGGAGUACAGGACAGUAUUACAGUACAGUACAGUACAGUAGUACAGAACGAUACAGUUUAGUAUUACAAAAUUUACAGUCGUGGUUAAAGAUACAAGUGGUGAAGAACUGUAAUAAACAUGGGAAUAGGAAUGUGGGAUUGUGUCAUGGUGAAGGAGAGAAAUUGGUGGAUACUGUGGCUGGAUAUAAAGUUGACGUGUGUUGAAAAGACAAUGAUCUGGAAAAAAAUUCAAGGGUUACAAACUGUAUUGCUGUUGGGAAAAAUCAAGGAGGAAUGGUGUAAUACUUAGAGUUGAGUUGCGAGGAAGAGGCAGCCACGUAAAAGAAUAGAAAACGACAAAAUAUCCCUGACAGAAGAAGGAAAGAGAACAACUAGUAAAGAAGUGAGGAGAUAAGUGGGUAGAGUGAGUUGGGAAGCAGCACAGAGUUGGUAAAUCAAUGAGUGGUUGAGAAAACUGUAAAGAUAAAUGAUGAAAAAGCAGCAUCCCCAGUACAGAUAGAUCCUGAUCAGACAUGGAGAGUGGGACUUCCAUAUCUUACUGUUCAGAGGGUAAUAAGUGUGUUGUAAUAACACUUGGAGAAAAACAUCCAUCACUGGAGUUAUAAUUAUGUAUGGUCACGACAGAUAACUAAUGAGGUGACCCCUGCAGAACCGCGCUCACUUCCUGAUGAGUGAUGACCAUUGAACUGUUCAGUUGCCUUCCAACACUCAGCUGAUCAGGAUGGACGGAACAAGUGUCGUCCUCCUCACCUUGGGGUUGUGCCUCGCCUUACAAGUUACUGUGACAGAGACAAAAGCGAUCAACAAUAUAACAAAUCUGAAGCAGGCGCUGCUGAAUAAGAUGACUGCUGAGGAGAAACACCACUUUUUCGGUGACGUCCCUGACCCAGUGUUCCACCUGGUGACACCCAGACUCUUCCCCUACCUUAGUGCUGACAAACCCGACCUUGUGAGACUUAUCAUCAGCUCACCGGACUUGAAUGUGGAUGCUGUGUUAGCACCAUCGGAGGGCCUCGUAGCACCCCACCUGGCCGCCGGGAUAUAUUUUGAUGGGGAGUUGGUGGAGUUCCCCUCAGUCCUCUGCCAUUUUCGUUCCUCAAAUGCCACUCAUGUCAUCAGUGUCAAUAACUGUGAUGGUGAGGGCUUGGACGGCAUCAUCGUGACCCCAGACCAGUUGGCCACAAUCCACUCUUUCCCAAAUCGUCUUCGCUACUUAAUACACGAGCACAUCCCUUUUACUAGCUCACUUGAUGGAGUAAGUGAUGAGGAGAGCUCUUACCAGUACACUACGACUCCAGGCGGCAAUGAUGGACAGAACACUGGCACUGAGGAAGAUUAUAGUCUACACAUCUUUCACGUUUCUCAAAAAGACGAAGUACCAGUCCAUGGUAGGAGACGACGGGAAGCAGAGGAGGAGCAGAGAGAGGAUACCGUGGUGUGUGCUACAGGGCCUGAACAUGAUGUGACUGAGAACUUGGGGCGUCAUCACUUCCGGGACUUGACUGAGCUUAUCCCAGAUAUUGAUAUUGACUCCCAAGAUAAUUUCGGAAGAUUUCAGGAGGAGGAGCAGCCUCCAGCCUCCUCGGACAUAGUCGACCACGGGGAGGCAGACACCCACAACCACACCAUCCAGGCCAAGCCAGUUACUUCCGUGGUCAUAAGGAAGACACUAGAGCUGGCUGUGUUUGUUGAUGAAAUACUCUACAAGAACUUCCCCCUGAGGGUAGACAACUCAGAUAAAUACAAACUGGUCAACUAUAUCCUUACACUUAUCAAUGCUGUACAAGGCAUCUACCAUCAAGAAGAAUUGCAAGGCUUUAUUCUGGACAUCAGUAUAGUACGUUUGGACAUCCACACCUCCAACAAAGGCCCAAACAACGGUGGUGGAGACAUUGGGGCAUACUUGACAUCUUUCUGUGAGUGGCAGAAAGUACAGAACCCAGCAAUGGACAGUGACCCCCAGCACUGGGAUCAUGCCAUCAUGUUGUCAGGGUUGGACCUCCACUCAUCCGGGAACCCCUCAGUGAUUGGGCUGGCCUGGGUGGGAGGAAUGUGCCGCCCUUCUGUUUCCUGCACCAUGAAUGAAGGUCGCUCCUUCUCUGCCGUCUAUGUGGUUGCUCACGAGAUGGGACACAACCUGGGGAUGAACCACGAUGGACAUGGAGAAGCACAGCGAUGCAGCAGUAGCAAAUAUGUCAUGUCACCCUCCGUUGGCCCCGGCAAGACCAAGUGGUCCUCCUGUUCCAUCAGUGUUGUUCACUCCUUCCUCAGGCGAUCAACAUGUUUGGAUGAUGGUGACAACUUCAGGACUACAUUUGCCACCGCCAUUUCUGUAAAGGCAGUGAUCUCUCUCUCUGAGGGCAACAAUAAUGAGACAGUUGAUCUGGAGACCAUCCUCAAACAAACUCCUGGUUACCAGUUCCCGCUGUCUGAACAGUGCAAGGCUAUGUUUGGCAGAGACUACUACCCAGCACUUACUAAGUUUGAUUUGUGUGAAUAUAUGUACUGUACCAAUGGUGUGGUCACUAAACCAGGUCAUCCCGCACUAGAGGGUUCCUUUUGUGGCUCACACCGGGUAUGUAUUGCUGGCAACUGUCGACCAGAGGAGGAGCUGGCUGGACUUAUCGUCUACACUGUACCCAACGCAUCCCACGGUGGAGGUACACGUCCUCUUCCCUCAGGCAUCACUACAGGUACACUUCCUCUAUCAGGCAUCACUGCAGGUACACCUUCUCCAUCAGGCAUCACUACAGAUACAACUCCAUCAAGCAUCACUACAGGUACACCUGUUCCUUAUUCAGGCAUCACUACAGCCUCCACUACACCAUCUUCAUCAACCACAGAUGAAUCAUAUCCCUUGACUACAACCAUUCCAAGAGUCACAGCUUCAGUGGAAAGACCGUCUGUAGCAGAAAUUAUAGGGGACUGCUCAUGUAACCUCACCACCAACAUCCUUCACACACUCCAAAAUAUUCCUAAAGCAAUCUGUCCAUUCCUUGCACCAGUUUAUCAUCCACUUUUCAAUUGUGUUCAAGGAUGUUCAGAAUAUGAUCUUCACAUUGAUCUUUCAUCAGGGAGUUUAACCAAAGUAGCCACUGGGUUGAUAGAGCUAGAGGAGGCCACUGAAUCUUGCUUCUUUGAGAGCUAUACCAUCACUUCAGACCAAGGAGUCAGUGUGCUCUCAGACUCUGUUCUCAAGAAUCUGAAUAGUACUGUAAAAAAUGAAAGUUUGUGUCAAGCCAUACCACAUUUCCUUCAUCCAGUCUUCCACUGCCUAAACAUUGCUCCAGUAGACUUAGUGAGGGAACCUGAGACAGAAUGUGCACCUCAGAGGAUUAUUCUUAUGAUGCCUGAUUAUAAUCUCACUUACAUUCAUGAGGUAGGAGGAAAACAUGCAAACAAAACUGCUCUGUGGAAGGGCAAGCAAUACACUCUUUUAAGAAAAAUAGAGGAUAAUAAACUUGAAGAUGGACAAAUUCUUGAUAAACUGUUUCCUAGACAAGCGGAGGAAGAAUAUGAGUCUGGUUUUGUCAAAUGUGAUCUGAAAGCAAAAGUGCCCAAGACACUGCAAGAUUUACCACAAGGUGUUUGUCACUUCUUGGCUCCUUCGUUACACAUGCUAUUUAAUUGCUCCUCUCGUGACCAAUGCCCAAAAUAUGUUCUUUUUAUGAAUUUUUUGGAAUACAAUAUCACCAAAGUGCCUGUAAAAACACCCUUCCCACUUAAACCUCCAUGUGCAGUAUGCCAGCCAAAAGAGCAAAUUAUUGACACUGGGUUGCUUGAUAUACUCAAGGGUCUCAUUAGUAUCUUGCUGGACUCAAACAUACUCUGCAGUUUGUUCCCAUCAUCCUGGCUUCCCUGGAUACCUGUUUGUGACACAACAGCACUACUGGCUACCACCCCAGAAGAUGAAUGUCCACCCAUUGCCAUUGUCAUCCAAAUCGAUGAUAGUGCCUUUACUUACACCUCUGAUCAGGGAGAUGAAAGUAGUGAAGGCCAUCCCACAAUUAAUUGGCUAGGAAACAUAUAUGUCUUAAAGAAAAUCACUAAAAACAAAGACACAACAGAGUUACUGCAGGAUGACUACCAACUAGAUUUUGAUGCUAAGAUUUCCAGACGUAGUCUACUUCGUGAGUCACUGGUGAUGCCACUCUUAAGGAGCAGCAUGUCCUCUUGGCAUCCAAGUGUCAUAUCAAAAACAAGGGAUGAGAACAACAGCUACCUUGGGCCUUCAGCUGAUGACAGGUACCAAGAUGCUUCACCAAGAGCUGAGAUCAGUGCCCUGCUUGACCAACCACUCCAGGAAUAUGUGGGACAAACAGAUGUUUUUCUCCCUCUCAAUGCCCCCAAGGCUAUGCCUCGGACAAAAAUAGGAGAAUGUAGUGUGACGUGUGGCUCUGGGAUGCGUCUGGUGCAGAUGGAGUGUAUUGAUGUGAUGACAGACAAGAUAUUAGAUGAUGACUCCUGCCAAGGGUACAUCUUCACUGAUAAUCCAUCUGAGCCCUGCCAAAUGCCAGCCUGUAAACAACCCAGUUGGAAUAUUGGUGGCUGGGGAAUAUGCAGCGAGUCGUGUGGUGCCGGUGUUCAAUUCAGACAUGUGGAUUGUGUCAUUGAAAUAGACCUGGAUGAGAACGAGAACCUUAUCAACCUCAGUAGUGAUAACAAGACCCAUCCUCACCUUAUUGUGAGUGACCAGCAGUGUAAGGGACAACCUCCUCAUAAAUUUCAGGAGUGUAAGGGCUCCUGUUUGCUUGCUCCCUGGUGCGAGGAAGGCAAAGAUUGCGACUAUAUCGACAUCCAGAUCUCCAAGGAUUUUGACUAUUCUUAAGUACUGUAAUUGCUGCAGCUCUUCUUGGGCCCCUCUGCUAAAAAAUGGAUCAUGAAAGUCAGAUCAUGAUAACAAAGCAACAAAAUUGGCAGAGAAAUUAACAAGAGGAAAACUGUUUAGUAUUCAUUUAAAGAAAGCCAGCUGCUGUAUACUGAUCUGUUACAAGAGAAUUUACCUGACAUCAACCAUAUUAAAAAAAGGGUUACCUGCUUAGAUGGUUGUAAUAUAAUAAGACAAGUUGCAACAUGUUCAUCCAGACGCCCUUACCUCUCACCCCUCCAAAGUCUACCGCCAAACCAGUCCUCCCUGACCCCACAAGGGCCACCACACCAGUCACCUGAUCGACUCUACGCUCCCACGUGACCACACCCUGAUUCCCUCACCCACCACUAUAAGGGGGGGGGGGGGUUGGCCCAUGG